AUGCAUUCAGGCGUCGCCUGGCUCGCCUCCAGCUCAGUCUCCAUUGCUGGCGAGCCCAGCUGCCGCCGCGCCAUCGGCUCGGCUGCCUAUUCUUGCUUGACGGGCGUCGACCCCACUCAGUUCUUCACGUCGGCCGCAUUCGGCCUGGGCGUGUUCACUGGAGUUGCGAGCGUGUAUUUCGUGAAGGCAGGGCGGAAGGUCAGCUUGUUUUACCAGCCGGACCCGCUCCCGGCGCCGCCGCCCAAGUGGCACGAGCGGGUCCUCCUCGAGCCUGGCUCGGAGACGGCGAUGCAGAAGUGCACGGGCGAGUCCCUGUACAAUGGGGGCAUGGCCUGGUGGGUGCUCACCCCGGACGGGGACGUGUAUCCGGAGGAGCUGGCGGCGCCGCCGCUGGAGGGUAUCGCGUACUACGACGACGCGGAGGCGGAGAAGGAAUACAUUCACAUCCCAGGCGACAUCACGGUCGGCUUGGGCGCUUACUGGCUGGUCAAGCGAGGAGGCAAGUUUCUGAUUUUGCAGGAGGUGUUGCGGCAGGACACGGGCAUGAUCAAGCUGCUCCGGGAUCAGGAGACCGACGCGAGAGUCAUCCCUGUGAAGUGGAGGUCGGCUCAACAGCGCGGCCGCAACUUCCGCGAGGCCAUCUCGCUCCAGGAGUUCCACGACUUUGGCGACUCGCCGCUGCAAGGUGACGUGAGCCUCCCGUGGCUGCUCACCGAGGUGGCCCAGUCCUCCGAGGGGAUGGUGACGCGCCACCACACCUGGCUAUCGGCUAGCGGCAUCCCGAGCGGCGACCGCAGCAUCCACGAGCACUUCGUGAUCUCCAAGGUCUUCGACCUCGCGAUCGAGUUGGACCAGUUGAACACGAUGACUUUGACCUCUUUCGAGCUGCUCGGGCGACGCCUGCAGCUCAUCGAGCAGGCCCACGUGUACAACCCCAGCAACCCCGACUACAGCAAUUCGGACGACUUCAUGGGCUGGGGCGUUCAGCGUGGCGCCGCUCUGGUGGCGCCGUCUAUCAAGAAGCGGGCCGCCGACGCAGCUCGAGAUCGGGCAGCAGUCCUGAAGGAGGGUCGCAAGCUCGAGGAGGAGAUCCGCCUCCGGGGGGCCAUGACCAGCUUGCAGGACCCAGUCGCUCCCUCUGGGACUCCGGCGGCUGGGUUCAAGUAUGAGAAGGGGUCCCGCCUACCUGUACAAGUUCCCCGUGACCUCUUUCCUCUUCCUGAGCUCGAGGUCGAACAUCUUCAAGAUCACAGCGUGAGUCGCUCGGUGCAGCGACGAGUUUUGAAGCGGAGUGCUGUGGAUGCCGAGGUCAAUCGCACGAUCGAGGCCCUCGAUGCUCUCGAUGGCCAUCUGACGCCGUCAUCUUCCCCGCCCUCGCUGUGUCAGCGGGAGGCCAUUCAAUUCAUUCGUUCAGUGCAUGACGCAGCCGAGCCGCCGCAAGGUGACUUCGGCUCCGAGGGGGCCGUGCGCGCGCUCCUCGGGACAGACUCCGCGCACGGUGGCGAGUCGACCUUGGUACAGUCCCACGACCGGAACCUUCUCAGCAUCCCCCACGUGGGGGCGGAGCCCGUCCCUGUCAAAGAGAUGCUGCCGCCGAAGGUUCGCUGUUGUCUCGAGGGCCAGAACAACAUUCUACUCGACGAUCAAGAGUGGGGCGCCGUGCGUGAAAGGGCGGAUCCCAUCAAACUCUACAUGGAUCCGAAGCUUCGCUACUCCAAGAAGACCUAUUUUCAGUUUGUCCGAGACUGUCAUUCGGCAGGUCUUAUCCGCUGGGCGCCUUUGGUACGUGGACGAGUCACGGUCUUCUGUGUGGCCAAGAAGACGGGCAAGCAGAGGCUCGUGGUGGACUGCCGCGCCACCAACAGGCGCUUCCGGCGGUGCCCUUAUUUGCCUAUGGGUACCGGGUCGAGCUGGGGAGAGAUUCUCCUGGAGGACGACGCCGACCUCUGGGUGAGCCUGUCAGACAUCAAGGACUACUUCUACGCCUGCGGCAUCGACGAUGACCUUUCCAGCUACUUUUGCCUCGACGACGUCCCAGGUUGGCUCGUCUCCGAGCUGGAGGGCAACGACAGCCGCUUUAGCCAGUUCUACGGGCGCGACGCCGUUGCGCCCGCCUUUCGAGUGCUUCCCAUGGGGUUCAGCUGGAGCUUCUAUCUGGCGCAGAUCGUCCACUCCUCCGUCGUCAAGGGGGUGCUUCCGGACACCGCCGGACUGGUACUACAGGAUCGCCAGCCUGGCCCGACGAUUGGCCCCCGCGGCCUCGCGUCGUUGCCUUACUGCGACAACCAUGCCACUGGGGCGGGCUCCCCGGAGCUUGCCGACGGCGCUCGCAUCGCAGUGGCUCGCCAGCUCACGGCCGACGGCUUCGCAGUGCACGAGGAGGAGGACGCCUCCCUCUGGGCCGAGAGCCUCGGCUUCGCCAUCGACGGCUUGACUGGCGAGGUGGGGCCCACGGCCAAGAGGGCCACCCGCCUGGCCGCCGCGGGCCGCUGGCUUGCGCGCCGUCCGAGGAUCACAGGCGUGAUGCUUGAGCGCUUCCUGGGGCACUGCACUUUCCAGCUCAUGGGCGAGCGCUCCCUGCUGAGCAUCUUUGGCUCGUGCUAUCGCUUUGUCAGGGUGCAUUAUAAGCAGAAGGUCCGCUUGUGGCAGUCAGCCGCGCGGGAGUGUGAGUGGCUGGCAGCUUUAGUCCGUUUUGCUCGCACCAACCUGCGUCGGCCGUGGAGUCCCACGGCCCACAUGUUCGACUCGUCGGAGACAGGCCUUGGGAUCGUCCAGGGCGUUUUCGACGAGAAGCUCAUCGCCAGCACUGGCCAGUACAAUGAGCGGUGGCGGUCCAAGCAGCCCCAUGCGCUCGCGAGGGGCGUGCGUGCGGGAGCUCUCUGGCACUUCCGAGAUGUGAUCGAAAAUGUUGAAACAGUACUCCCUGUCGCACCGCCGCCCCCUCGCCCCUGGAAGAGAAGGCGCGGGUUCCCGGAGGUCCCCACAAAGUUGCUCGAGAAGGACUCCUGGCACACCAUCCUGUCAAAGCCCUGGUUUCGGGACGAGCACAUCACCCUGCUGGAGGCCCGUACUGGAAGAUUGGUUUGCAAGUCUCUUGGGAGGUCUGUUGGGAACCGCAACAAGAAGCACCUCAUCCUCGGGGACUCCAUGGGCUCCAUCUUGGCCUUCUCCAAGGGGCGCAGCGGGGACUAUCGUAUGCUGGGUUGUUGUAGAAGUGUUGCGGCUUACACGGUCGCCCUCAAUUGCAAGUUCAAAUGGGACCCCCACCAGCUCAGUAUCCUGGAGCAGGUGUCGGUGCAGCCCCAGCAAGCGGCCACGUACAGGGCGACCUACGCCGAGUUCGCCAAGUGGGCCGCGAACGAGGGCAUCCCACUGCACUCGGACGAGGACGUGGACGCGGCGGCGGUCGACUACCUGGACGCCAUCUACCUGCAGGGCUACGAGGCGUCAUCGGGGGACAAGCUCCUCGGGGCCCUCAAGUUCAUGAGGAGCGGAGGCCCUCGCCCUCUUGCCCUGCCGCUGACGCGGAUGAGGAGGGCGCUGAGGGGCUUCCGCAAGGCCGCCCCCGGCGCCUCUCGCUUUGGGUUGCCUUGGGAAUGGACGGCCGCCAUUGCGGGGGCCUUGCUGGCCACGAAGCGGCGGGAUGCGGCCCUCUGCUUGCUGGCGGCCCACGAUGCGUAUUCCCGACCUGGGGAGAUUACGGACCUGCAGGUUGGGGAUGUAGUGCUGCCUGCGCCCCGCCUCCGGGGCUACCACCGCCUCUGCCUUGUCAUGCGGCCGGAGGAGAGGGGGCAGCCGCGCAAGACGGGGAGCUUCGACGACACUGUCUCGGUCGAGGACCUGGACGCGCAUAUCUCGACCCACCUGGUGCAAUUGGCGAGGGGGCGGGACCCGAGCGAGAAGCUGUUCCGCCUGUCGAUCAGCCAGUGCAAGGACGCGUUCGAGGACGCCGCCGACCUCGUCGGGCUUGCCGCCGAGCAGCUCUGCACUUACCAGGUGAGGCACGGAGGUGCCUCGAGGGAUGCCAUGCUGAAGAGGCGCGACCUCUCCGAGAUCCAGAAGCGCGGGGGCUGGAAGACGUUCAACUCCGUCAGACGCUACGAAAAGUUUGGGAAGGUGCAGCAGGCGAUCAACCGCACGCCGUCGGACACCCUGACCUACAGCCGUCUCGCCGUGCAGUGCCUCGACGA